AUGUCCUCGACCCAGACCCGUUUCACCACGGGAACAAAUCUGGUUCACCUGAUGUCCCAUCAGCCAUCCCCGCGAGAACUACGUCACAGGUCUGUCAACCCGCCGACAACAACACCGGCGGCUUCUGGCAGCGCCAGUGAUAUCUAUAUAACCAACGGGAGUGCUGCGACGACGGCUACGCAGGAGUCACCACUAUUUGACUGGGAAACCAUGGGGAUAUCAUCAGAUCAGAGGGGAUGA